AUGCCACGCUUCACAGCUCUCACCAACCUUUCCUUUGCCGCUCCCAAGCGUGCUAAAGCCUCCCGCUACCAGCCAUACCCUGCCCAGUCCGUCCGUCGCGCUCUUCGUGCGAGCGCAAAGAGCCCUCUUGGGGCGAUUGGUGUCUCUUCUACCGGUGGGUUUGUUGCGACCCAAGUGACCUCUCCUGAGGUGUUUGGUGGGUCGGGUGAGACCCAAGUAGUUCCUAGAGGAACUAAGCGUCCUUGUCCGAAGGACUUCACCUCCACGGCCCAUAUGGCCAAGCGCCUGGAGGUGGUCACCAUUCGGGCGUUGAGAAGACCCGCUGGGAGGGGACCUCGUGGAUUCCUGUUGUCCACGAGCCCUGCCCGGCGGGUGGCUCUUAAGAGGAGCCUGAGAUUGGUCAGGCACGUAGUCUUUGAACUACAAAUAAGAGGAGUGAUCAGUAUGACGGGUCAAAUCAAUGACCCUUUGCCCUCAUACUGCAACAUGCCUACCACGUCUGUUCUUGCUCCUGUCCCUGUCCCUGCUCCAGUGUCUGCUUCUGCUUCUGCUUCUGCUUCUGCUUCUGCUCCUGCUCCUGCUCCUGUAACCCCUCCCGUUCGUUCUCUCACCCGCUCCUCCUCACGAAUUGUCACCAGUUCUUCAUCUGGAUUCUUCUCUACCUCACCAUCUCCAUCACCUUCUCCGUCACCUCCAUCCUCUCGCUCUCCAUCUCCUGAGCCAGAAACAUCUCUCUCUGUGUUUCAAGCAUUGUCAUCAUCAGAGACAUCAGAAUCAUUAGAAACAUCAGAGUCAUCAUCAGCAAUUACUCCUGAUAACACAUACACCAAGGUGAUGAACAUUGCUGCAGAUACAACACAAAUUAUUACGUCUAGUGUUGUAUCUGUAGUAGGCGCUAUUAAAAAGUUCUUCUCUUGGGAGUAA